CCUAAACCGAUUUAAGAAAUCACUUUCCCUGCAAACAUAAGAACAAAAAACUCAAGAGUACCAAAUUGCAGAGUUACCAUUUUGAUUUCGGGUCCCCGCGUUUUCCGCUUCGGAGCAGUAUUUCACUAUUUCUCACCUUCGUUCACAGACAAACACUGCAUUUGUAGAGCGCCCAUCUUUUACCCGCCUGGUUAUCCUACUCAAUUUCGGUGAACAAAAAGCUGCUGUUUUCUUGAUUUACACCCAUCUUCUUGAUUUUACUCGGUUCUUGACGGGCUGUCCCUCUAAUUUAGUGCGAGCCCAUUAAAUUUCACCAACUUUUUUAGGCAUUUGAAGCAAGAAUUGGAACACUUUGUGCAUAAUGAACGCCCCCAUCAUCGACCCACUACAAGGAGAUUUUCCUGAAGUAAUUGAAGAGUAUUUGGAGCAUGGAAUAAUGAAAUGCAUUGCCUUUAACAGGCGAGGAACCCUGCUUGCUGCUGGGUGCUCUGAUGGAAGCUGUGUUGUAUGGGAUUUCGAAACCAGAGGCAUCGCCAAAGUAUUGAAGGACAAGGACUUAAUUGCCGCCAUAACUAGCGUUUGCUGGUCCAAGUAUGGACACUGCAUACUCGUGUCAGCUGCAGACAAGUCCUUGACUCUAUGGGAUGUUGUCAAAGGAGAGAAAAUAGCUCGAACAACAAUACAACAGAUGCCUCUCCAGGCUCGUCUCCAUCCUGGUUCCUCCACACCAUCUAUCUGCUUGGCUUGUCCUUUCUCUUCAGCCCCUUUGAUCGUUGACUUGCGUACAUCGAUCUCUACAGUGCUCCCCGUCUCACUAUCAGACGCAGGAAAUGGCUAUGGCAAUGGCAAUGGUAAUGGUAAUAGUAAUGGUAAUGGUGCCCUUUCAUCACGUAACAAGUUUUCGGAUGGAUCCCCUGCUUUUUCGCCUACUGCAGCGUGCUUUAACAAGCGUGGGGACUUGGUUUAUGUGGGGAAUUCCAAAGGAGAGAUACUUAUUGUAGACCACAACAGCAUGAAGAUACGUGGUUUUGUGCCCAUUGCAGGGAGUGGAGUGAUUAAAAACAUCUCGUUCAGCAGGAAUGGUCAGUAUCUCCUGACGAAUUCAAACGACAGAACUAUUAGAAUUUAUGAAAAUCUUUUACCCGUCAAAGGCGGGCUUCAAGCCCUGGAUGAACUAAGCAAACAACUCGUCGAGCAAGAUGAAAUCGAGAAGCUGAAGGGUGUCGGGUCGAGGUGUCUGGCUCUGUUUCGUGAGUUUCAAGACUCGGUCACAAGAGUGCACUGGAAAGCCCCGUGCUUUAGUGGUGAUGGGGAGUGGGUAGUUGGAGGUUCUGCUAACAAAGGAGAGCACAAGAUGUAUAUAUGGGACAGGGCAGGGCAUCUCGUGAAAAUUCUCGAGGGUCCGAAGGAAGCUUUGAUAGAUCUUGCGUGGCAUCCCAUUCACCCUAUUGUUGCUUCUGUCUCCCUUACGGGCUUGGUUUAUAUUUGGGCCAAGGACUACACUGAGAAUUGGAGCGCUUUUGCCCCGGAUUUCAAGGAGCUCGAGGAAAAUGAGGAAUAUGUGGAGCGAGAAGAUGAGUUCGAUUUAGUGCCUGAAACAGAAAAAGGGGAUGGCAGUCGGUCUGUAUCUCCUUUUUCAGAGGAGGCAGUGCAGAAUGGUCAUCUAACAAACAAUGAAUCCAGUCCCCUUGAAGAUGACACAGGAGAAACACAUACAAAGAGAAAGAGGAAGCCUUCUGAGAAAGUAGUGGAAUUUGAUGCAGAUUUUGAUGAAAAGCCAAUAACCAAAAACAAAGCAUCAGGUAAUGCAUCAUGAGGAUACCCCCAGCAAGAAAAAAGAACUGCGGAUAACAAUUAGUGGUUUACACAAGCAAUCACAUAAAGUUCGUUUGUGCAUCAACAAUUUUCAUUAGUGGAUGAUGAUUAAUGCUACUGAUAGGUGGUUCAUGCGGUGAAUUCAAUAAAGCUCUUUGACUUGCUGGAACUUUUGUGAAGAACAGCAUAUAACAGGCCAGACAUUCAACCUGUUAUCCAAGUUGUACCUAGGAUGGUGUUUUCUGAAGUAGUCUUUUAGAAAGUUCAUUCUUGUACAUUUACUAGGACCUGAACCAUGAAUGAUUAUUGUUACUUUUGGUGUUUGGAUAACUCUUGCAUUGAAGGAUUAACUUAAGAGAGUAUCAACUAUCAAGUGCUGGAUAAUACUGCCACAGAUGUAUUAUACUGGUGAUUUCUAUUGAAGAUCUGCACUUUUUUUUUUAAGUAUCAUUUCUGUUUUAUGUAUUAAAUUUUCAAGGUGAA